UUUGGCAAUAUUUGUAAAUUAUGUAAAUCGUGCAUAAAAUGUGUAGAAAUCAAGUUGACCAUUUGAGUUUAUCUAAUCUGACUUGGGAGGCCGAGAAGACAACAGCAGCGAAGCUAACAGCUUGUAAAGGAGAACUCGGAGAAAAAGAUGUUGAACAAAAUAAUUUUGGGAGGACUGGCACUUGUGUGUCUGGUGAACAUAGCAAGUUCCGCGCCAGGAGAAGAAUAUGGGGAGACUCUUGAUUACAUCGACUCGUUCAUCAAUACAGAAGAACGUUCAGUUGGAGAAGAGGGACUUGACAUUGCGAAGCGGGAUAACACGUGGAGAAUUUAUUUUGGACGUUAUAAAUAUACACCAAACAAGAAGGGUUACCUUAACUUCAACCAGAAGCAACCCCUAGUGCUCAAUUUAGAUCUGGGGAAUAACGGUUCUUUCGAGAAGAAAUGGGUGAAAGGCUACAAACUCGACGAAAACAAGAAGUGGGUAUAUGGUUGGGUGCCAAGCAACUUUGUGUUUGCGUCAAAGAAGUACACAACGAAAACAUAUAAAGAACCAAAAAUAUAAUAAAACAAUUCAGACAGAAUUAAAUACAUGAGAGGCGUAAGGACGAAGCUGUAAAUUCUUAAUUCAUUUUGCAUCUAGAACACCCUUGCUUCAUUUUCCAUAUAUUUCUGAAAAAAUGUAUAUCCACGCUGUCCUAACUUCGACCGUUUAUUUGAUUUUUUGACCUACCGGAUAUUUGAAAAUCAAGGAUUACGAGUCUCAUACUGCACCCAUUUUCUUCAAACUUAUUCCAUUCAAAGCAUAACAAAAAUCCCUUCCUGAUGGUACAUUAUUCUCUUAAAAAGAAUCCCUACUUCCAGCGGUAUUUUGGUCCCCAGCUGUAAGAAAGCCUUCUAACAGCUGGGUAUCAAAACGCUGCUAGAACGAGGGACUCUUUACAAUAAAGCAAUGCACCGACAGAAAGACAAUUUUGUUUUGCUUUUAAUGGUAUAGGUUUGAAGAAAAACGGUGCAGUAUGAGACUCGCA